UUUCAGCCUUCCUUAGUUUCAUUGAUUGGAAGAUAUGGAAACAUUAGAACAAAUUGAUGCUCAUCAAACACAGUCAUCAUCAUCAUCAUCUUCUUCAAUUGAUAGCAGCUACCACCCUUCUGGGACACCACCAGCUUCUUUCUCUUCAUCUCUCUGCCUAACUAGUGUCUGCAGAUAUAGUAGCACCAGAAACAGAACUGAUUUGAGCACUGACCUGAGACUUGGUCUUAGCAUCUCUCCUUCUCAAUCUGAACCAGAAUUCAAUUCAACACCAAGGGAACAAACUUUUGACUGGCCACCAAUUAAGUCCAUAUUGAGGAGCACCCUAGUUAAGAGGCAACACCAACUGAGCCAAAGAUCUUGUUUAUUUAUCAAAGUGUACAUGGAAGGCAUCCCCAUCGGUAGAAAAUUAAAUCUGUUGGCACAUCAUAGCUAUGAUGAACUUGUAAAAGCUCUUGGCCAUAUGUUUAGGACCAUCAUUCUCUGCCCUAACCUUCAACCACUUAGUUCUGGGAAUUUUCACGUGCUAACUUAUGAGGAUCAAGAAGGGGACUGGAUGAUGGUUGGAGAUGUGCCGUGGGAGAUGUUCUUAACCAGUGUGAAGAGGCUGAAGAUCACAAGAGCUGACAGAUGCUAGUUAAUUUAUUAAUUUUCUUACAAUCUCUUACCACACAAGCUCCUCCUCAAUUUUCAC